UGUAAUUCUUAGUGUAGUUUUGUGCAACCUCCUUUAAGUGUUUAAGUCAUAUUUGCUGUGUUUUUCUGUUGUCAGAUUUUCAGUGUAGCAGCGGUUUUUUGAUGCGAAACGUUCUAGUUUGAGAUUUAACGCACUUCUGGCCGCAUUUCUUUCAGGUUUUUAUUGAUCUUAGAUAAUUUUUGCUUAGUGAGUAGCAUUUAGUGUUGACUGAUAAGUCUUGAAUAGCUUGCUUGUGCUCUCCUGGUCACCAUGAGUCGAGCUUUGUUGGUUGGCAAUUCGAUGGUGAAAUACGUCGGUCAGUAUUUCCCGUCACGUCGUGACCUGGCUGUUGAGGUCGGCGCGCACAGGGGAGCAAAGAUUGAGCACUUGCUUCCAAUGAUUGUCAACAAGCUAGGAAGCUUUGACGUUGUCAUUGUGCACGUCGGCACUAACAACACUGUUGAACCUGCUGGUACAUAGACAAGUACCGUCGCUUAGCUCGUGACAUAAUUGCAAGCAAUCCCAUGGCGCAGGUUGCGUUUUCUGCCAUUCUCCCUCGCGGGCAGAAUGAGUACCGCACGCGCGAAGCACAGUCGCCUAAGUUGCGCCGCAUGAACGAAAGGUACAAAGAGGUGAACGCUGCGCUGCAGGAGCUGUGUCAGGAGCAGGACAUCCACUUCAUGGGUGGCUUGGUUGAAGAUUGGGCAAGCUGCCUUGCCAGGGAUGGUGUGCACCCGAGCCGCCACGGAAACCGGCUGUUGGCAGACUACUUCUACAGGGAGGCCCGCAUCCUGGCUGCCACUGUGGAGAGGGGCCGAAUCCUGCACAACUACAAGGACAGGCAGGCGCCAUCUUCCUGGAGUGGCUGGGCAGAACCACCUGCAGCACCUGCCUUCAGCAGUGCCGACUUUCCUCCCCUUGAAGCUAACUUUAUUUCUCCUGCAGCAAGCAAGCCAUCGUGGGUGAAGCCAAGAACACCGGCGCAGGUGACCAGCCGUGCUUCCUUGCAGGCGUGCAACACCGACCAGCUUCCUUGUGCCCUUCAGGGUCCUGGCUUUGCUCUCGUUGGCGGUGUUCGCGUUCGCCGCAAGGGCAGCAAGACCUGGUGCACCUGGGACAGCCUGCCUUCACCCAUGACCCAUGGUUCAAGGGUACCGAGAAGGGGAAAGGCUGAGGUGAGGCUUCAAGGCCAUGUUCCUUCUGCUAAGCCAGUGAGCCUCAGCCGAGGUGCUAGCACCACUUGUUCCAGGGUCAUGGGAGGAGUCAUACAGGCAAGUCCUUCUCCUCACUUAUCCACAGAGAGCGUGGCUGAGGCAGGACACAAUUCCCAUGGUGUGAGGAAUGAAAACCCACCACUUUAAGGUGCCAUGAAAGAGCAGCUGCUGCUUCAAUCUUCAAGAGGUCUGCCAAAUACAGCUAUGCAUUUGCACUGAGAAAAUGUUACUGAGCUCUUUCAGAUUGUUCAAAUAAAGUGGUUUAUCAACAGAACUGUGCCAGAGGCUUUCCUCUUUCUACUUUCUUUGGCAUUUACACGUAUGUAUUGUAGCAUUGAGAAAGCCAACAGCAGGCAGGGUUCAUACAGAACAUCUGACACAAAAUUCAAGGAGGGGAAACAUUGAAAAGUAGUGAAAUCUUGAAGCUAAGCAGCUGCCAAGUUCGACACGCUUCAAGCCUUUUUGAUCACUUUUCAAACAGUUUCCAAUUGUAAUGAUGUAAAAUGCCGUUUGGCAUGACAGCAGUGUCAACAUUCAGCCCAACAUAUUCAAGUUAAUGACAAUGACUCAAAGUUAUUUUCCACCAGUAUUUUCGUAAAUGGAGACAUGAUGGCUGCGGUGUGAACAAAACAAAAUGGUAGCAUGUUAUGGUCACUCGACUUGGUUUUGUGUAGCUCCAGAAUAGCAACGACGAUUUAACUAAGCCUGUCAGUGGCUGUGGACAAG